GUUCACCCACCAGCGCCGUGGCAUCCACAUCAAGUACCCAACGCUCGCUCACACGAGGAUCGCGUCCCGCCUGCACCGACACAGCUCGACAAGAGUCAUGGACGGCGAUCUUGUCAUGGACAGUAUCUACCGAGUGAACGACCUGUACUGGAAGAAGGAUAAUGAAGCGUCCGACGACUGGGUGCUCGUCAAGCUGACGAGUGUCAAUGUCGCAGAAAGCGUCGGCACGUGCGCCCUCAUCGACGAGCGGACAGGAAGUCGCAUGCCGAAUCAAACAGAGUCCGUGCAGCUCCACACAAUGACACUAUGCCCUGCAAACCCGCUCUUCACAACAUGCCCUGACAUGACGUCGCUGCGCUACCUCCACGAGGCAGCAUUGCUUAAAAACCUGUAUGACCGAUGGAUCUCGACUGAUCGGCAGCCAUACACGUCCAUGUCAAACGUCUUGAUCGCCGUCAAUCCGCUGCGGUACUUGAAGAGGCUCGAGAAAGCUAUGUUUGCGACGCAGUCGCUGGACAAAUCACCGCCCCAUCCAUACAACGUCGCUGAGAAUGCGUAUCGACAACUGCGCACGGUCAAACAGAAUCAAUCGAUCAUCAUCAGCGGCGAAAGCGGGUCUGGCAAAACAGAAACGUCGAAAAUCAUCUUGGAUUUCUUGACCGAGCGGUCGAAAUUCACGGGGGGUAGCGCGGGAGUACCGUUGCCACGGUCGAACCAAGACGAUGAAGACGAGCAUCCAGAGCGGGGCGGCAUGGAGCACAGCCUGGGAGAGCGCCUCAUGAAGACGAUCCCAAUUUUGGAAUCGUUUGGGAACGCCAAAACGCACCGCAAUCACAACUCGAGUCGGUUCGGCAAGUACAUGCGGCUCCAGUUUUCACCGGAUGCCGACCUCACAAGCAAUGCGCUGCACUUGACUGGCGCGUCCAUCGACACGUACUUGCUUGAAACGUCGCGGGUGGUGCACCCCCCCGCCGGCGAGCGCAACUUCCACGUGUUUUAUGAACUGCUCCGAUCCGGGGACGCCAAACUUCUGCACGAUCUUAAGUUGAUUCCGAAUCCGUACAUGUCCAAGGACGCCGACCGCCUCACGAACUGCGACGCGUGGCUCGAACAAUACCACUACUUGAAUCGUUCGGGGUGUACCUCCAGUCCAUUUGUCAACGACUGCGUGAACUUUCAGAAUCUCAAAGACGCGCUCGCGUUCGCCGACAUUAACGCAGUUGAACUGUUUCGAAUCGUGGCGGGGGUGCUGCAUCUUGGCAAUUUGCGUUUUGACGAAGAGGACACGGCAGAAGGAUUGACGGCACUGAUCCAUCGCGAAGAUGCCCCGGAGGCCGCAAUCGAUGUCAUUGCCGACUUGCUUGGCAUCAAGGUCGCCGAUUUAAUCGACGCGCUGCUCAAGAAGAAAAUAGAGCGUACGAAAGGGUCAUUCCAACGACGCGGGUCGGUCUACUUUGUCGGAAAAACGAAGCAGCAGGCAUCGUAUUCGCGAGACACGGUGGCCAAGAUGAUCUUUGAACAGGUCUUUACCGCUCUAAUGUUCCAAUGCGCCGAAAUCUUGGAGUACAACGUCGCGCUGAGGGAAGAACUACCAUAUAUUGGCGUGCUCGAUAUAUUUGGGUUUGAAGACUUCGAGCCGAAGAACCAAAACUCGUUCGAGCAACUUCUCAUCAACUACGCCAACGAAGCGCUGCAGAGCAUGUUCAACCAGUGCAUUCUCAAAGCUGAACAGGAACUAUACCAAGCCGAGAACAUUUGGGCCCCUCAAAACGCCCACAACGACUCGACCAAGGCGGCCGUCUCGUACGACGACAACCGGGAGUGUCUGACCUUGAUUGCCGACCGCCGGGAAGGCAUCUUGAGUCUUCUCAACAUGGCAGGGCGUUUGGCUGGUCAAUCAGACCGGAAAUUCAAUGAAAAGCUCCACACCGCAUUCAAAAAGCACCCUUGCUUUGUCGUACCCCACCCUCGCGACGUCCCCCACAUGUUCUGCAUCAAGCACUACGCCGGCGUCGUGCGGUACCACGUUGAGGGUUUUAUUGAAAAGAAUAACAACGUUGCGUCACCCCAGUUCAAGGAACUCAUCGCUGGGUCGACGCUGCACCUCUUGAAUUUGUCGGCAUCGUACGCGCCGUCGAGAACGCCACCAGGAAGUGUGUCUGAGAUGUUUGCGCAUCAAAUGAAAGGCCUCGUCGUCGAGCUUGACUCGACGCGCAACAACUUUAUUCGUUGCAUCAAGCCGAACCCUGCCAUGGACGUGAACGUGUUUGACCGACAGAGCGUCCUCGAACAAUUGCGAUGCUCGGGAACCAUCCAAGCGUGCCAAGUCCUCCAAGUGGGGCUGCCGACCCGUGUGUCGUACGAAGAACUCGUGUUCAUCUACUCGGACUUUCUCGGCCAGUCGUUCAUGGAGCGUUUUCGUGACAACGAUCGAUUCUUUACCCAAGCACUGUGCAACGUCUUGGACUUUCCGACCGAUGCGUUCCGGCUUGGUGAUACGCGACUCUUCUUCAAGACGGGGAAGAUUCACCUACUCGACAGUGUCUUGGCUGUCACGCCGCCCCUCCCCCCAGCGACGCUCAAGGAACGCCUCGUGUCGUACCUAGCCAAGUCGCGGUGGGUCAGUGCCGCAACCAAGGUUGUGGUGCUUCGAGCGUACGAGAACUUGUAUUGGAACUGUCGUCAAGGCCGGUGUGCAAUCGUGCUGCAGUGUUGGUUCCGCCAGCAGUUGGCCAAGAUGCACGUCGCCAAAAUGCGCACGCUGAAUCGUGUGUCGCGCAUGUGGAACGUCGUGGUCUACAAAUUGCAAGUGCGCGCGGCUUUCGAUCGAAGCGUUGAGGACAAACUCGAGCUGUUGAACGUAUUGUUGCAGCACAAGACACUGCCGCCACACGCCAAGUGGCUCCUCACGUGGCUGGGUCCAUUACAGCGGGCAAUGUACGUUCGCAAGCUCGGACGGGCGGCGUGCGUGGCAUAUCUGGCCAAGCGCGCGUUUUCUUCCUUGCUCGAGAAAGUUCAACGCCAACGUGCUGCGGUGAAACUUCAAUCGCAGUUUCGUCGGGUGAUGGCGACGAAACACUUUCAAAAGAUGGUCGAGCGACAUCGUGCGUGCAUGCGGUGGGCUCGCAUCCGCAUGACCACUAAGGUGAACAUAUGCUUCUUGGCCAUGUAUCGCCGAGCCCACGUGAUGGGCUUGGAACGAAGCGUAUCCCACCUGAUGGUCGACAACGACCGACUGACCAAGGCCAAUGCUCAAAUGACGGAAAAAAUCGCGUCGGUCGAACUGAUGGCGGUAUCGUGGGCCGCCAAGGAAGCGGCACUUGCACAGACAGUCGAAGCGCUGGAGCUAAAAGCGCAAACGGAUGCAUUGAACCUGUCGGCGAAAGACGCUCAGGUCGACGAAAUGGCCAGGAACCUACAAUCCCUCCAACAACAACUAGACCAUGCCAUAUCAGAUCGAACCGUCCAAGCUAGUCUUAUUCAACGACUUGAAACUACCAACGAAGCAUUGGCUGCAUCGUCCAAAGAACUCGAGCAAAAAUGCGAAGAGCUCGACCAAAUGUUUGCGCUGUCGAAAGAGCACAAUGCAACGCUCGUCUUGGAAAGUAACCAGCGAGUCGAUGCGUUUGUGAGCGAAGUAGAUGCGCUUCAGAACAAGAUGAACGACGCCCAGCACGACAUCUGCCUCAAGACGGCGCAAAUUUCAGAAUUGGAAGUGUACAACGCAAAGCUGACAGAUGAGAACGAUGCCCUCAUGACUCAGUUCGAAGCCUUGGAGCUAUUGCACGAGCGCGAAAUUGCGAUGCAAAUGUGUCAAGUCACCGAGCUCACAGCUGAUCUGAACGCGCUUCGUCUUGUGCUGGCCGCAACGCACGAACAACUUGAGUCCCAAUCGAUGUAUGCCACGGAGCUUGAAGGGAUUCAAUGGGGUAUGUCGAACAAACUCCAAGAGCAAGAAGUGGAUGUUGCAGCGCUCCAUGCAUCAGUGGUCGACUUGGAGGCCAGUCGGCUGAACGCGGAAGGCAAAGCAGCCGAGUUAAACAAUACCUUGGCUACCUUGCGCUUGGAGCUAGACGAAGCGACUCGAUCGCAUUUGGCCCAGUCGAAUCAACUGACGAUUCUAGAAGCCAUGAACAAUGAGUACAAGGAAGAAUGCUUCCAACUCAAGGAGAACAUGCGGCGAAUGGAAUCGGUGUUGGCCGAUUCCAAAGAAAAGGAACUCGCGUUGGCCUUGGAGGCCCAAAAGUCCGCGAGUGACGCCCAGAUUGCGGUGUUGGAGGCGCAGCUCCACAAUGUCCAAGCGCAACUGGCGCAGACGGCGGCUGAAGUAAAACGCCACAACAAGUCUGCCGAGACGUUCGAACAGUUUAAAACCCAAACGAACAUUGACAACAGCACGUUGCGUGAAAAGGUCGUCACGUUGACGACGUGCUUGGAAGAGAGCAAGGCAAGGGAGGUGGCGAUGGACGAAACCUUGACCAACUGCGAGACGGAAAUCCGCGCCCUGACAAACCAGCGUCAAGUCGACCAACUCCGUUUGGGCGAAGUGACUCGAGAAUUGCAAAUGGCGCGACAAGCGCUUAAGGAAAAGUCGGCUACGGUUGAGGAGCUCGAAGACGUUCGAGAACAACUCGUACAAGCGCACGCGACGCUUGCGGACGAGCUCCACAUGAUAAAACAGAGCCAGUUGGUGUCCAAGCAAGUCGAGGCGGAAUUGGACAGCCAGCUGACCGAGAGGUCACAGCAGGUGGUCGAGCUUGGAUCAGAGUUGCAGCAAAUGCAACUUCGCCUCGAUCAAGUACAAGAGCGCAUCGCUGUGAAGGAGGUCGUCGUGCUGGCGGAAGAAACAAUGAAGAUGCAACUGAAGAAGGACAACGCUGUGCUGGCCCAGAGAGUCGCCGAGUCCAAGAAGGCCAUCCAUGACGUCCAUCUUAGUGAGCUGGACUUGUCAUCUCAACUUUCCUCCAAGAACAUCGAGAUCCUGUCGCUGAAAUCUCAACUCGAGAUCAGUCAAAGCGAAGUGAAAACCAACGCAAAGCAAGUGGAGACGCUGCAGCAAAAGCUUGCUGUACGUUACACUCGCCGGCUCCCUCAAUUCCCACUUCCUCACUUCGCACAUAACUAG